UUUUUUUCAAUGUCAAAAUUAAAUCACAUUGUCUAUUCCUCUUGUUCUAUUUUUCUUUGCAAUUUUUGUGAUGACGUUCUUGCACUGACCGCUCCGUAAUUAAUAUUAAUUAGUAAUAAUCCGCGAUGAAUAUCAAUAGUUUAGAAGAUGAUAAUAAAAUAACAUCGAACCUUGAUGAAGUAAAUAGUCCUAGGAAGAAAUUGCGUUUGGAUAACUCGGCGCGUAAAACUUGGAGCCUAAUGGAUAUAAAAACGGAUCAGGAGGUAUUACAAGAGAUGGGUGUUAGUCUUUUAGAACAGGAUGAAACGGAGAAUGCAUGUGAAGUAACACAUAUUAUAACGCACAAACCAAAUUUAAAACGCAAGCAUGAUAUAGAAAAUGUGAAUCCAAAUAUCAAUAGCUCUUCACCGAGGAGUAGGCACAGUCCAAAGAGUCCUAAGGUCAAGAAAUCCAACAUAAGUCCCGGACCUUCUAAAUCUAAAAGUCCAUGGAGCCCUGACAAGACUAAAAACGAUUUGGAAACAACUUUACUAUCAAAUUAUCUUAUAGAAGAAGAAACCCCGUUGGCUCAGAUCACACAAUACCAGCCACAGGGUUCCGGGUUCAAUGCUAACACGUCCACUGGAAAGAAAAGCUAUACACCACUAGGUCUAGAAGAAGAAUUAAUAAUAAGCAGAAGAACAAAAUCGGAACCGACAGGAUGUGAUACAUUCUCAGUGUUGUCCGAUGAGAUGAUAUUGAGUGUGUUCAAAUGGUUACCUAAAAGAACUUUAGCGCAUUGUAUGUUGGUUUGUAAGCGAUGGUACAGAUUGGCAUGCGACGAAAGUCUAUGGCAACGUCUAGAUCUAGGCAACAAAGUGCUCUCUAAAGACGCCCUAGGCAGAGUACUAGCUAGGAAACCUAUUAUAGUCAGACUUGCAAGUACUGAGAUAGGUGAAUGGCGUCCUAGUACAACAGUAACACAAUCUAGAAUACAAUAUCUAGACCUAAGUAUGUGCUCAGUGGACCAGCAGACCUUGGACAGUCUACUUGAGAGAUGUUCAUCUUUAAGGAAACUCAGCUUGGAGAGUGUUCAACUGAAUAACAGUACUUGCACAAUUAUUGGUAAAUGUAAGAACUUGGAAACAUUAAAUUUGACCAUGAGCAAAGGUAUUACAUCUGAAGGUUUGCAAGAAAUACUAAAAGGAUGUGUUAGUCUACUAUCACUGAACAUAUCUUGGUGCAAUCUGAACCAGGAAGCUUUACAAGUAUUAGUCAGCUGUCUACCGCAGAAACUGCAGCGACUGAACAUCGGCGGUGCUAGGAUUAUGACUAAUGAUAUGGUACAACAAUUAGUUGAGCGAUGUCCUAGGUUACUAGAACUAGAUUUAUCUGACUGCUCCCAGUUGUCAGCUGCUGCUGUUAAGUCUGUGCUGAAUCUAUCGUGUUUGGAGCAUGUCGCGUUCAGCAGAUGCUAUUUGCUGCCACCGCAUGUACUUACCAAAUUGGGUAGUAUGUCUUCUUUACAAUACCUCGAGGUAUGGGGUAUGCUACAAAGUGGAUCACUAACAGCACUCCGAGCUGCACUACCCGGGAUGCAGAUCAACCAAUUUAUGUUCAGUGCUAUAGCUAGACCUACUGUUGGUGCAAGAAGAACAUCUGUUUGGGGAUUACGCACAAGAGACUGAUUUUUAUAUAACAUAUAUAUGCGCAGCCUUGUUCACAUUGCAGAAACAUGUAUAGAAACAUGUUUUGUAGCAGAAAACUGUUGGCUAUUUUGUCUAUUAUCAUAAAAAAAA